AUGGCACCACGGACAGCAAAAGCUAAGAAAAAUGCAGAUGUUAAGGUGGCAGAAAUUGAAGCACCUAAAAAGGGAAGGGGAAAAGCAAAAAAUAUUUCAGAGAAAGACCAGGACUCUGCUGAAAUUGUAGAUGAAAAAAUUGCAGUAGGUGAAAAAAAGAGUAAGAGAGGCAAAAAUAUACCUAGUGAAAAUAAUGAAGAACAGAUAAUUGCAAGUAAUAAUGAAGAUGUAGUUCCAGCAAAGAAAGGCAAAAAGAAAAAUGAUGAAGAAUCUGUAGAAAAUGGUGAUAAUUCUGAAGAAGAAGUAGCUGGUUCAAUAGAUGAUGAAAAUGAAGAUCAGUCAAAUGGAAACUCAAAUGAUGCUGAAAUACCAACAAAGGGUCGGAAAAAAGCAGUAAAAAAAGAUACAGAAAAAGUCGUAAAACCAAGAGAAAGUGCAAGAACAAAAAAGAAUACAAAACAGGAAGUUGACACAGGUAACAAUGGAGCUACUGAAGAUAAGCCUAAAGGUAGAGGUCGAGGUCGUAAGGCACAACCUAAACCUGAACCAGAUCAUGAUGAAAAUGUUUCUGAAGAAGAAGGAAAACCUGUUACUAAAGGCAGGAAGAAAGCUCUACCUAAAACACAGGACAAAUUAGCUGAAAAAAUUGAAGAUGUUGAAAUGGAGGAAGAUGACAAAGAAGAAUUAGUGGAAAAUAAUGAAAAAGAAGAUAAAGUAGAAGAUGAACCUAAAAAGAAGGAAGUAAAAGGACGUAAAAAUGCAAAAAAAGCCCUACCUAAGGAGGAUCUAGAAGAUAAAGAGGAGGAAGUAAAAGAAGAGGCCCCAGCCAAAAUAAGAAAACCAGCCAAGAAGGAUGACAAAGGAAAAGGUGAUACAAAAGACGAAACUGAAAAAGAUGAGGUCGAAGAUCCUAAACCAGCAAAAGGCAAAAGAGGACAAAAAAAAGCUGAAAAACCAGAAACUGAAGAACUUCAGGAUACUGGAGAACCUGUGACAAAACGGCGGCGUAAGGCCGAUGAUAAGGUAUCUGAAGAUAGUAAAAAGAAACCAGUUAAAUCCGGUACUGAUUAUGAUUCCAUAGAUUUUUCAAAUUUAUCCAAAAACGCUCAGGGUAAAGACUGGAAUUUCAAAAUUUCCAGUUGGAAUGUUGACGGGAUCAGAGCGUGGAUGGGGAAAGAGGGGUUAGAGUAUUUGAAAUAUGAAAAACCCGAUAUAUUAUGUUUGCAAGAAGUGAAGUGUUCCCUAGAUAAGCUACCGGAGGAGAUCAAAAAUAUCCCGGGAUACCACGCGUACUGGUUGUGUAGUGAAAAAGAUGGCUACGCUGGCGUAGGCAUAUAUACGACUAAAUUAGCAAUGAACGUUCAAUAUGGCUUGCAAAACGAAGAAUUAGACAGCGACGGUCGCAUCAUAACUGCGGAGUAUGAGCACUUCUAUCUCAUUUGCACUUACGUCCCCAACGCUGGACGGAAGCUAGUUACUUUACCGAAAAGACUGAAAUGGAAUGAAGAAUUCCGAAACCACGUCAAAUCUCUGGACAAAAAUAAGCCGGUUAUAAUAUGUGGGGAUAUGAACGUUGCCCAUAAUGAAAUAGAUUUAACAAAUCCCAAAACGAACAAGAAAAACGCAGGUUUCACGGAAGAAGAACGACAAGGCAUGACAGAGCUACUUGGUGACGGGUUCGUGGAUACAUACCGCCAUUUCUAUCCGGAUAAGACUGGCGCUUACACUUUCUGGAGUUACAUGUCCAAUAGUAGACCGAAAAACAUUGGAUGGCGUUUGGACUACUUUGUAGUAUCGGAACGACUUUUACCGGCGAUAUGUGACAAUGUUAUAAGAGACAAAGUGUAUGGAAGCGACCAUUGCCCUAUAUCUUUGUUCUUGCACUUAACAACUGCGGAUAAACCUAAAGAA